AUGGUGAACAUGGGAGGAUUUAAAGCUGAUAAUGGUUUUAAAUCUGGAUAUUUACUGCAUCAAGAAAAUGCAUUGAAAGAAAAAAUUCCUAACUCUGGCAUACUGGAUAAAACCCACAUUGAGUCAAGGAUCAAAACCAUGAAAAAAGAUUGGCAAGUUGUUUAUGAUAUGGUAAAUGGUACGGACAUAAGUGGUUUUGGUUAUGAUAGCUCCAUUCACUCUGUAACAGCUGAACCAACGGUUUCGGAUUCUUACAUUCAGGAUAGAGCUCAAGGGAAUAAAGCCAAGGAUUUUUCCCAAAUGGAAGAAGAUGCAAACAAUGAAGAACAAUCAAAACUAAUAGAAGAUGUUUUUGAAGAACAAACCACAGAAAAUGAAGAAUCUCCAAACACAGGCUCAAUGAAGAGGAAAAGAGUUGAUGUAGUUAUUAAGGGAAUAAAUAUUGCAGCUAACGUCCUUGGUGAAAAACUUGAAAAGGCAGCAAAUAGCAUGAACCAAGUAAUACUUGGAGAAACAGAUUACAAAAAAAGCUUCAAUGGUAAUUCCAGAAAUUUCAAAAAUGCAGUCAUUAAGUGCCUUUUAUAG